AUGCGGUCUAUGAUAUGGGACUACGCCUCCGAGAUCGAUGAGUACACUGGCAUCGGCUUUGCCCACGGGGAUUUGAACGCACAGAUUAUAAUGAUAAAUGAAGACUUCCAUUUAACAGGGGUCAUUGAAUGGGUUUGGAUGUAUAUGGCUCCGCUACCGGCAAUCAUUCACCACCCUUGGUUUAUUGCCGAUAUCCCCGGGUGGAAUAAUGAAGGUGUGGCAGAGGGCGAAGAGUUCUCGGAGGACCACCUUUACCUCGAAGAUCAGAUCAUAUUAAAGGAGGUUGCAAAGAGCCUACCCCCUACGGUGUCAACAUUGCUGCGUGACUCGGGGAGGAGAAUGGUAUUCAUGAGAAUUGUCAAGAUGCACUGUCAGCAGACAGACGAUAAUUCCAGAGCUGCAAUGUUACAGUUAGAUACGUUUCUUUGUUUGUAUCCCGAGCUGGAAGAUGAAGAAGGUGUCCUGGAGACCAAACGUCUGCUGACGAAGAAGAGCGGUGCCGGAGAAUGA